AUGGUCCACAGAGCAUGGCCUUAUGCUAAAAUCGGAACCGUUGGAUACGUUGAUAUGGGAUCGUCACAAACAAACACCCCAAGAUUGUAUGGCUGGAAAGACAAUGAAGCUUCUGGAUCUAACCAUGAAUUUAUUCGGCAAUGGCGGAAAAGAACAGUGGCUAUAUCAUUGGAAGCGUAUUGGUAUAGAAAACCCCACAAUAUUGUCAGCGUUACCAAAUCCUUUAACUAUCUACAUAGUAAUAAUUUCACGUUCAGCAAUGUGUUAAACAUUGCAAUGCUGGUACCGUUACAACACCCUUCAAGCAUUGUGAUUCAUAGUUGA